CGCCCGAUUGGGUUUGUGACGGAAUGGAGCCCUUUCAUCUAGUCAAUGCACAAACUUCCAAAAUGCCCUACAAAAUUUCCAUAGACAAACCGAAAGUAAAACCGGGAGAAACUGUUGAAAUUGGAAUCGAUGGGCCGUAUAAAGGGCUAAUAGUGGAAGUUAGGAAGGGAAAUAAAGCUUCCGGGAAUUUUGUUUUGAAUAAGACAGAAAAUUAUUUCCAAACUAUCAACUGCCAUGGAAUUAAAAAGAGCGGCUUAACUCACAAAAAUUCUGCAGUUAAAAGUAACAAAACAUUUCUGUGGAGAGCCCCAACUGUACCGGGAACAUAUGUUGUUGUCGUUACUAUAGCUAAAGAUGGCCUCAUAUUUUGGACUAAGAAACCUACUGAAACUAUAACUGUCGUUUAAUUUUGUUGGUUGAAAAACAAAUUGUUUCAUAACUGUACACUGUUGAGGUUUGGG